AUUACAAUUUUUGUAUUCAAUUUUCGAGUUGGAAUGUUAGUUGAAUCGAAGGAUAUCAUUCCAACAUAUGAUCACAACAGUUUUAUUGCGAGUCGGUAAGGACGAUUUAAUAUUUUAGUUCAAAAGUGUAAUGCAAGGUGGCUAUGAUGGCGACAGUUGUUGGUGGGUUGAAUGGCUUCCUAUUGUUUGUUGAUACCGGCGUUUUUCCAACUUCUCAACGUGGAGCCAAUUAUUUAAAUUCUUCUAAUAUUGUUUUUAAUGUUGUACUCAGUAUGACAAGUACUCUGAAACUUGGAAUUGGGUUUAUAGUAUUUUCCAUUGGAUCUGAAGUGGCCUGGCAAUUAUGGAAAAAAUACUUUCGUAAAAAUGGAACCAGUAACAAUGGAAAAAUUAAUGAGGCCCUGAUUUUCAAUUUCGAAAGUGCCUAUUGUCGUGAGCACGCUAUGAGACAAGCAGUAUGUGACAUACCACAUUGCCCCGGGAGAAACAUUAAAAAAUUGGUAAAUUUUUUUGACUCCGUCAAAGAAACAUUGGACGUUUGCAUUUACAUUCUCACGUACAAAGACAUCUCAGACGCAAUUAUCCGAGCGCAUAGAAGGGGCAUCAACAUCAGGCUGAUUGUAGACUCAGGAAUGUCAGAGACUAGUAGUUGCUCCACUCAAUUGAGCCGUAUGAGACGAGCAGGAAUAAAAAUUCGUAUGCAUCGUUCCACAGUCAGUCUUAUGCACCACAAAUUCGCUAUAAGGGAUGAAAAAUUAAUGAUCCUUGGCAGCUCUAAUUGGACUAUGCAAGCGUUUUUCGGCAACUAUGACGCCAGUUUGAUAACGAAUGAACCGGAGUUAGUUCGUGUAUUUUCAACUGAAUUCAACAGAAUGUGGAGUACGAUGGACGUGACAGAUCUACCAUCCCCAACCUGACUUGAAUUUAUUCAAAAAUAGUACUCAAUUUUUAUACAAAAUCCAGUUAUUUAUGUUUCCUUCAUUAUUAAUUAUUAAUUAAUAAUAGAUAAUUCCUUUUUUUAUAUUUUAAUUUUUAAUGCAAUAAAUUUAUUGACACACAGAACAAUAUAUAUGAAAGUAAACGAAUUUGUAUUGAUUGAAGAAAAUAUUAUGUUAGUACCCCUGGAGGAAA